AUGAGUUACUUUAUAGCUUUGGCCAGAAUUAUCGAAGUUCAGAAUAAGAGAGCUGGUGAAUGGGGUUGGGAUCUCAUUACUUGCGCAGCGGGCUCUAAUCUAGGGCCUGCAAGUCGAUUGUUUUCGUUUGUCUUUCUUUAUUUGUCUGCUUUAAAUGCUGUCUUUCAAUCAUCCAGGGACCGUCGGAUCAUUCAGAAAUCAUCAAGACUAGAACUAUUCGGGUUCAACUCUUUGAAAAUUCCAACACGAACAGCCAUGCCGAUACCAACAAGUCCUCAGUACACUUCUCGCUUGUCGAAUCAGCUUUCUCUGGGUCGCCCUGUACCACCACAACCAAAAUCUUAA